AUGAAAUCCUGGACCUUCUACAUCGCCAUGCUCAUGGCUCCCGCGGCCCUGGUGGCCGCUGCUCCUCUCAGCCCUAUCGCACCCCGCGGCCCGUGUCCUGAUGCCAAGGUCGACGCCAUCCUGAAGGGCGAGAUGGAUCCCUCCGAGUGCUGCUCCUACGGCAAAUGCAAAGGCGAUGUCGUCGUCUCCGUCGGCUAG